GUAAAGAAACAAACUGGUGACAACUUUAGCAACAUGCAAAUAGGACAAGCAAUAUCAUACGGCAAAAAACUACUCCAACUUCAGCCAUGGCGAAAUUCUGUUUUAGUACUUUUGACAAAUUGUAUCAAGAUUAAUAUCUAUAGGGUGACUAGGGUUGAUUUCCACCAACAGACUCAGUACAGAUAUGAAAUUGUGCCACCCCAGCCUUUAAAAUAUGAUACUACUACAAAUGAAAAUGGAUGGAAAUACCUGGUAACAAUAAUGGAAAGCUCUCCGCAAGACUUGGGGUGGGUUGAACCAUCAUUAACGUUUGGCAGGAACACUGUAAGGCUGACUCAAGCUAUUGGUGUGGGCAGAACAAGUGUUGUGUAUGAAGGAAAACAUAAUAAUACAUCAGUGGCUGUGAAAAUGGCAAAAAAGGCAGAUUACUUGUCUUGUAUUAGAACGGAAAUAGAUGCAUUACAAAACCU